AUGUUGCUGAUCGACACGGAAACCCUGAAACUUGAAUCCAUUGUCUACCCUCCGGCAGGGUCCUACGCCAUCCUCUCACACACUUGGGGCAAAGAAGAGAUCAACUUUCAUGAGUGGAAAUGCAUCGAGUCGGGAGGUGCCGAGGCCGACAAGCUGAAAACAAAGUCUGGUUACGCAAAGAUCGAAAUGACCUGCACCAUGGCCAAGGCUGAUGGACUGAAAUACGCCUGGGUCGACACUUGUUGCAUCGACAAGAGCAGCAGCGCCGAGCUGUCGGAGGCCAUCAACUCCAUGUUCAAGUGGUACCGAGACUCUCACAUCUGCUAUGCCUACCUUUCAGACCUGGAAAAUGCCUCGGACCUCACACAACUCCAAGCGUGCCGCUGGUUUACGCGGGGAUGGACGCUGCAGGAAUUGAUCGCGCCGCAAAAGGUCCGCUUCUACGACAAGUGGUGGGUCGAAGCCGGCACCAAGGCCAAAUUCCAAGACCUGCUGGCCCAGAUCACGCAGAUCGACUCGGACGUGCUCGUCAACGGCCACAACCUCGACUUUGUCCCCGUCGGCCGGAAGAUGUCGUGGGCGGCGGCCCGGGAAACGAGCCGCGUCGAAGACAUUGCCUACUGCCUGCUGGGAAUCUUCAACGUCAACAUGCCGCUUCUAUACGGGGAAGGGGACCGAGCGUUCCUCCGCCUGCAAGAAGAGAUCCUCAAAGAACACAACGACCUGAGUCUGUUCGCGUGGCAAAACACCUCGGGAACGUCACUCUAUCGCGGCAUCUUCGCAGAAUCGCCGUCAGAAUUCUCAGACUGCUUCGACCUCAAGGCACCACACGAGCGGCAGAGCCUGGGAAAUGAGGUCUCCGUCACCAGCAACGGGCUGCGUGCCGAAGGCAUCUUCCUCCCAGGCCAAGUCGACUGCUGCAUUCUGGACCUGGGAUGCUGUCGCAACGGCACCCCUUCCAACCCAGAGUGGCUGUACGUGCAGCUCAAGAAGGUCGGCGAGACGUUCGUCCGAGUCCUCCCGAAGUACAUCACGGCCGAGAAAUCGCGGCUGCUCUGGUGGCAGGGCACCCGGCGCACUGUCCACGUCCGCAAAAGCGUGCACGGCCAACAACUGACCGAGGCCAACUACCGCAUCUCGAGCGUCACGAUGCAGUUUGCCGAGUCCCUCCGGCGCCACAUGAGGCUCGGCGACGUCCUGCCCGUCCAGCACUGGGAAGCCGACACCACGCGGUUCUUCGGCUUCGAGUCCGCCCACUUUGUCGGCAUCGUGCCCUUUACUUUCGAGACUUCUCCGUCUGCCCCGCGAGUGCGCGAGCGCCUCGUUCUCCUCUGCGGCGUGCACAAGUCCUUCAUCCGGAGCUGGCGACUUGACUCGUGGGCGGCCAUCUUCCACGAGUCCAGAUCCGGGAGCAGUAAUGCAAGAGAUCACGACAACGAUAACGACGACGAAAACAAAAACAACAACCUCUCCGCGGCCCUGGUGGCGCUGGCCCACGGCGACGACGCCAGCCUGCCCGCCGACCACCGCCAGAACGCCGUCCGGGACAUGCUGUUCGCCCACUUCUCCGACACGUACGGGGUGCUGCGAGGCAUGGACAAGUGGAACUCAGUCACCAUCGAGGAUCGCUCCAACAACACCACCACCGCCACCGGCACCCGCACCAAGAAAACCCGGUAUGUCUUGUCCGUGGAGAUGCACGAUGUGCCCGUGGGCAACACCUGGCGCGCCACCACGGCAACCGUCAACUGCGAGGUGGUGCAUGUGCCCGUCGUGCCCAUGUCCGGAGUGGAGAAGAAGAAGAACCUGGCCGCGCCGACGCGGAGCUCGACAGCGCUGGUCGUCCAAUCCGAGGUCAGAAAGGUCGUCGAGCUCGCUGCCGCACCGCCGCUGUUGGUGUCGAUACGUCCUCUCAAGACGAGGGCCGCCACGGUGGGUGUGAUCUAG